GUUAUAUCAAAAAAAUGAUAUAAAAUAUAAAUUUCUAAAACAUAUUAGUAGCAGUUGAUGGUUCAGAUUAUAGUAUAAAGGCUUAUAAAUAGUGUUAAGAAACAUUCGGAUUAAUCAAAGAAAAAAUAAAUUAAACAAUAAUACUACAUAUAACAAAUAGUAAGAAAGACUAUUUGCCAUUAAAUUAUUAAGGAUAGCAAAUAUAUGAUUAUUAUAUCGAAAAUUGCUUGUAAUAUUAAAAUUAAAGACUUAUUAUUGAAGAAUAAAAUUCUGAGCUUCCUUCUUGUAGAGAACAAAUAUUAAAUAUUGCAAAUAAUAUGUAAAUAAGUUUUAUUUUCGUUGGAUAUUAUGGAAGAAAACAAGAAAAAAAAGAUAAAAAUGGUAUGAGUUAAACAGUCAAGCAUUUAUGCUUUCAUAGUCAAAUUCCAGUUUUUAUUAUCAAAGAAUUAGUUUGUAGAAGUACUGAUUCUUCACCUAUUACUUAUUUAGCUUGUUUAGACGGUUCAAAUAAAGCUUAUAAGGCAUUGAAUGUGUGCUUAAGUUUAAGAAAUUAAGGAGAUAAAUUUAUUUUUUGUUAUGCUCCUACGCCUGAUAAAUAAAAAUUCAGUAAAAUAAUUAAAGCCAAAUUAGAAUAAGAAUUAGAAAAUUUUAAAGAUAUCGCUUGGUAAUUUUUAGAAUUAGAAACUUCAUUUUAAGUCGUUUAAUCAAUAUGUUAAUAUAUUAAUAAAAAUAAAAUUAGUUAUGUUGUGAUUGGAAAUAAUGGUUAUAGAGCUCAAUUAGAAAAUAAGAAUUUCUUUGGAAAUACUGGAGAAUAAAUAGUUCUAAACUCGAAUUCUAAUAUAAUAAUAAUACCUUGA